CUCCGCCCCUCAGCGCUGUCCCGGCAUCGGCUCCUGCAGCGCGGAUGUCCAGCGCGGGAGAGAAAGGUCGUGACGAUGGCAUAGUAAUCAAGGCACCUUCCAAUGAUCGGGAGCGUCUGUCUCCGUGGGUGCCAGCCCGGGCCAGUGGCAUUGUGUGGAGCUGAAGGGACGUGUCUACCUCUCUCUGGAAACCUCUUUCUCUCUUAAUUCAUGAGCCAGCAGGAUGCGGUCGCAGCGCUUUCAGAACGCCUUCUCAUAGCUGCAUACAAAGGCCAAGCGGAGAAUGUGGUUCAGCUCAUCAACAAGGGCGCCAAGGUAGCGGUUACCAAGCAUGGCCGGACCCCCCUGCAUCUUGCUGCCAAUAAAGGUCAUCUUUCUGUGGUCCAGAUCUUGCUGAAGGCCGGCUGCGACCUCGAUGUUCAGGAUGAUGGGGAUCAGACUGCUUUGCAUCGUGCCGCAGUGGUGGGGAACACUGAGGUCAUCUCGGCACUCAUCCAGGAGGGCUGUGCCCUGGACCGACAAGACAAGGACGGGAAUACAGCCCUGCACGAGGCGUCCUGGCAUGGGUUCAGCCAGUCAGUCAAGCUGCUCGUUAAAGCAGGAGCCAACGUGCUUGCCAAGAACAAGGCGGGGAACACGGCCCUGCACCUGGCCUGCCAGAACAGCCACUCCCAGAGCACACGCGUCCUCCUGCUGGGCGGGUCCCGCGCCGACCUCAAAAAUAACGCAGGCGACACCUGUCUGCACGUUGCCGCUCGCUAUAAUCACUUGUCCAUCAUUAAGCUCCUCCUCAGUGCUUUCUGUUCUGUCCAUGAAAAGAACCAGGCUGGAGACACAGCACUUCACAUUGCUGCUUCCCUAAAUCACAAGAAGGUGGUUAAAAUCUUACUGGAAGCUGGAGCAGAUGGGACCAUUGUUAAUAAUGCAGGCCGGACCCCGCUGGAGACUGCCCGCUACCACAAUAAUCCGGAAGUUGCUCUUCUCCUCACUAAAGCGCCCCAGGUCUUGCGCUUCAGUCGUGGGCGAAGUCUGAGGAAAAAGAGAGAGAGGCUCAAGGAAGAGAGGAGAGCUCAGUCUGUGCCAAGAGAUGAGGUGGCACAAAGCAAGGGAAGUGUGUCAGCAGGAGACACCCCUAGCAGUGAUCAGGCUGCACCCAGAAAAGAAGAGGCCAGAGAAGAUUUCCCAUCAGCCUCUCCAGAGGCCAAAGCCAAGGACAGCAGGAGGCAAAAGUCAAGGCCCAAGGUGUCAGCAUUUUCUGACCCCACCCCACCUGCAGACCAACAGCCUGGACGCCAGAAGAACGUGCAUGCUCAUAAUCACCCUAAAAAGAGGCCCAGGCAUCGAUGCUCACCUCCACCCCCUCCCCACGAGUUCAGAGCAUACCAGCUCUAUACGCUUUACCGGGGCAAGGACGGGAAAGUGAUGCAGGCGCCAAUAAACGGUUGUCGAUGUGAACCCCUGAUCAACAAGCUGGAGAAUCAGUUGGAGGCGACUGUGGAGGAGAUCAGAGCGGAGCUGGGAUCGGUUCAGGAUAAAAUGAAUAUGAAGCUGGGGCACAUGGAGAGUAAGACCCAGCACCAAAUGCGAGUUCUGGACAAGCUGAUGGCUGAGCGGCUCUCAGCAGAGAGGACAGAGUGCCUGAACCGCCUGCAGCAGCACUCGGACACGGAGAAGCACGAGGGCGAGAAACGACAGAUGUCCUUGGUAGAUGAAUUAAAAACCUGGUGCAUGUUAAAGAUUCAGAAUCUGGAACUGAAGCUUUCUGGAGAUUCUAGGGCCUCUAGGACUAAGUCCACACCGUCUACUUGCGAGUCUUCUACAGGUGUGGAUCAAUCAGUGGUGACGACGACAGGUCCAAUAGCAGCUUCUGACAGUUCUCCUCUGGUGGUUAGGCCCAAGGAAAAGGCCCUCAACUCCACUGCUGCCCACAGACUCCAGCAGGAGCUGUCUUCCUCAGACUAUAUGGCCUCCCGGCUCAGGAGUGUCAAGGUCCAGACAGCCUUGCUGCCCUUGAAAGAGGCAGCCAGAUGUGAUCAGCAGGCUGGGCCCUGCGUCGACAGAGGCACCCAAACCAAGAAGUCUGGGAAAAGUGGGCAAACGAGGCAUCGAGCCCAGCAGCCAGCAGCCAGCACCACGUGCGGGCAGCCACCGCCAGCAACAGGCAGCGAGCAGACUGCCCCUCACAUUCGAGACACCUCCCAGGCUCUGGAGAUUACGCAGUACUUUUUUGAGGCUGUUGCCACCCAGAUGGAAAAGUGGUAUGAAAGAAAGAUUGAAGAAGCACGAAGCCAGGCCAGUCAGAAGGCCCAGCAAGACAAGGCCACACUGAAGGAGCAUAUUAAAAGUUUAGAAGAGGAACUUACUAAACUAAGGACCAAGGUGCAGAAGGAAAAUUAGGACCUGGAAGUGGCACAGGAAGGAUCCUUGAGGAUUUCUAGUAUUGCGACAACGGAACAGCUGUGCCCAAGGUGUCAGUUAUUGUGCACGUAGCAGACUCGCCUUUAAAAAAAAAAAUCACUAGUUUCUAAAAUGUGCCAGACACACACGUUUCCUAUGCCCUGAAGUUAUGAAGACUUCAACAAUUAAACCAAAACCAGGGAAAGUUUGCUUAGUUUCAGGUUGCAUUACAAAUUUAAAACCUCAGUCUAGGUUCAUCUGAAGUUCAAAAGCUCAGAUUAAGUGAGGCGCUAAGACACUGAAUGAUGUGUAAGCCUAAACCCUGAAAUUCAGGAUGUACAAAAUAAUAUAAAUCAAAAGCAAGGAAGAAAAGUUAAUCCCUCCUGAACUCAAAUCAAGCAGUCAUUCAUAUAAACACACCUGCUGUGCCUAGAAGAGAGUCUUUCUGUAAGAGCUGUAACAGAGCUGCGUUAAACCCUGUCUCAGAUGCAUAAUUCCCAGAAUGCUGACAUUUUAACCAGGUGAAAACAGAGUUUGAGGAGAGAGAGAUUUUCAUGAUGUCACAAGAUCCAGUGUAGCUUAAAUGUUUUAAAAAUGAGUCAUUGGUUAAUAGCACCAGGAAUGUUUGUUAAUAAUGACCUCAAAUGAGAACGAUUCUAAUCUUUUAAAUAUGGUUUCUGUAUUUUCAGCCAAAGUAUAGAAAUACUACAAUCAGUUAAUCCUUGUGAUUUUAAAGCAGAUAAGUGGAAAAAUUCACCUAACAGUUACCUGAAAUUUCUAUAACCUCUUCAGAAUCAAAUUUAUCUCAGAGUACCUUUCUGAAUUUGAGUUUACUAGUCUGUAUUUUGUAAAGAAACUAGGCUAUUUCUUGAAAGUAUUUCAUUUUUAAUUGAGUUCUGUCAUUAAAAAAACCCCAAAAACUUUCCCACAGCUUCACAGUGACUAAGUCAAGGCAACUAACUCAAUGACUCGAUUCAGACCCCUCCAUGCCUCAGCUUCACAGAGCUCUAAGGAUUUUAGUCUGCUCUGUAGGAUAUACAAAGUUAUAAAAGUAGCUUCGAUGUGUUGAAUCUUUUAAUUAUCUUCUAGAUUUCUUGUCCCUUAGAAUGUGGGAUUAUAUUCAUCUCCUCAAAAUUCCAUGUAUGCAUAGAAACCUCAGUUCUAAUUCUAUAAACAGGAACUGAGUAACUAUUGUCUGUAAUUUUGAAUAAAAUGCUGCUCAUUGAGCCAAAGAGAAAAGAAUGACUUCUUGACAUGGAAAUAUUCAGAAAAACAAAGUAUGUUUUCAGUCCCUUUGUUUUUUCUGCCUUCCAAACUCACAGUUGCUUCUGUUUUUCUUAAUAGCGACAAUCUAUGGAUAUAGACAUUCCUCAUAAACAUAGAUGUAUGUCAGCAUUACAGAACCUGGAUAGGGAAUUAAUUUGAUGCCCUUAAGCUUAUUUCCAUGUUGGUAAACUUGUCUUGUUCAGCUACUGUGUAGGUAGAUGGUUCUUCCCCAGAGACUCUGGAUUGCUACCUGUAGAGGUACUUUCCUCUUUUCGUGUUCCAGAUGCAGAAUCACGGAACUGUGGAGCUAGACGGUACCUUCGGACCGUCGCGUGCUUUGGUCGGAAGUAUUUUGACUGUGUGCCUCCUACGCACCAGAGCAGGCAGCUUGUUACUGUGAACUAGAUGUUUCUGUCUAAGUCUCUUAGGGAGUAGACUAGGGAGGGAUGAGAAAGGUCCACUGCACCUAGUCUGCAGAGUACACAGAUCUUGUUUCUCAAAGACUGGAAAGCCUGUAAUAGAGGCAAGGAAGUAGAACAGGGUCAGCCCGCCUUCUAACCCAGAGAUGGCAGCAUCUCAAGACCAAUGCAAUAGCUUUUCUAACAACUGCGUUUGGUCUGUUUUCGUUCCUUAUUGUCAAAAACUCAGCUAUGGGUCCGAUGUGUAUUUUUCCUUCUUUUUCCCUUGUGCUAUCUGCUAAAACGAGCAAAUGCUACAAUAGUACUUUUCCAAUGAAGCAGAACUAUUAACUAUGUAUAGCCUGUCAUGUAGGUCGUGUUUCCAACUAAGGCUGGAACUUUCAGCUGUGGGGAAAAUGUUGUAAAAUACCUAAAAGUUGUACAGUAUUGCAAUGUUUUUGUUAUUGUUGUUAGUGCAUUAUUGCAUUUGAGUAUAGUAAAUAUCUGUGAUAGACUGAAUAUCAGUUCUAAUCUUUCUUUUGACUGGGAGCCCAAAAUAAAGGAAGUGAUCUUUCCAUGUUA